AUGUCCUCGAAUCCCACGCCUUUGGACAUCCUCUUCGAAGUCACUCGGAGUCUUUACAAAGACGAUGAUCACGCCACACUCUCAAACAUGUCGGUCACCUGCAGAGCCGUGUUACCAUUGUGCCGCGCCCGCCUGUUCUAUUCCAUUGAAUUCCUCCUCCAUACUCCAGCCUCAAACGAAGGUGAGGUGAUCACUCGUCUGCAGAACCUCGACACACUCUUUUUCAACAACCCCAUACUCUCGACAUACGUACGCGAAUUCAAGUUUGGCAACGCGCCCAAUUCGGGUUCAGAGCUACUAUGGUUCAUCAACAAACCGGAAUUAUCUCGCUUGCUUGACUCGUUAAACUGGGCCGAAUUCGAUGAAGAAUUGAAGAGAUCCUGCUUCCGUGCGCGUGCUCGACCCACGCUGAAAAAGCUGUACUUGUCAAGUGUCGAGAAUGUACCGUGGCGUUUCGUCACGGAGCCCGUACAGCUCUAUCACCUGAACGUUUGCGAGGUUACGUUGGACCUCGAGCCAACUUCCGAACCUCCACCUCAACAAGCCCCUCAGCGUUCUUUGAAAGAGUUUAGUUAUGGUUUUUGCGAAGGUACAUUGUUAUUCCUUUUUGAACGCGCAAAAUUCGACUUUACGAAAUUGGAACGCCUAAAUGUGGACCCGGACGAUAUGAAUGAUAUCAAUACGGGUUGGGCUAUCGCUCGUAUAGCCAAAGAAACGCUAGAAAGCUUUGAGAUGUUCCCUCCGGAUUCUUAUCCCUAUCUUUCGCCUGAUGCCAAUACCAUCCAAAUCGACACUUUUUCCCAAUUAUGCCAGAUGACGAUCGACGUGGACCUGCCCGCAAUCCAUCAACUCCUACGAACCACAUCAUUCCCCGAGCUCCUGGAAGCAAGCAUCGGCAUCCGUCUCCAACCCACUGAAAUCCGAAAAGAAUUCGGAGCGCCCCUCGUUGAGAGUCUCAUACCCCUCUUGCAGGAUAUCGACGCGUUGAUAGCGGGUCCCAAGGAAAAGCGCUGCAUGCCGGAGAUUUGUGGGAUUGAUCUUUGUUUUCAUACGGGGGUUGAUGAGGGGUAUGAUGAUCGAGGGAGAGCGUUUUUUGAGGGGUUGAAAGAGAGGUUGGAGAUGCAGGUUAUGGAGGUUUUUCCGGCGUUGUGUAGUGGUGAGUUUGGUCCUGAUGAAUCGGACUAAAUUCCUUACACUUGUCAUGCAUGCAAAUGUACAUAAAACAAUCGAGGUCAUCGUUGUGUGU